AUAGUGUAGAUGGCAGCACCGAAAGGCACAGGUUCCGGUGGUCGUUUCAAAAAUUUAUUUUAGUUAAUUUUACUGCCUAAUGAACGAGAAAAAUGGACGAUAUCCAAUGUCCUCGGUGUAAAACAACUAAAUAUAGAAAUCCAUCUUUAAAACUUUUGGUUAACGUAUGCGGCCAUCCACUAUGUCAUACUUGUGUAGAAUUUCUUUUUACACGAGGAUCCGGACCGUGUCCGGAGUGCGGAAUCUCUCUAAGAAAGCAGAAGUUUCGUUUGCAGACCUUUGAAGAUUCCUAUAUAGAAAAGGAAGUUGACAUAAGAAAGAGGAUUCUAAAAGAUUUUAAUAAACGAGAGGAAGAUUUUCUUACGCUUGCUGAGUACAAUGACUAUUUAGAAGAAGUUGAGAAUAUUGUAUUCAAUCUAACCAAUGAAGUGGAUGUUGAGGAAACAAAUAGAAAAGUAGAAGAAUAUAGAAGGGCUAAUCAAGAAAUUAUCACACGAAACAGAUCGAAACUGAGCAAGGACGAAGAGUUCUUAUCCAGACUAAUAGAAGACGAAAAAAUGCAAAAAGAAAAUUGGAAUAAAUUUAUACAGCGUGAAGAGGCGGAAAAUGAGGAGCAAAAAAAGAAACGCAAGGAAGCGCUACUUGAAGAGCUGACCACAUCAACCUUAUCUGCAGAUAAAAUUAUUAACGCUCAUAAAAAAGAAGAGAAGGAAGUUAAGCGCCAAACUGAAUUUUCUACAGGAAUUAGUGUUGGUGCUCGAUUGAAUGUAAAAGCUGAAGUCAAAAUCGAAUACGAACAGUAUUCAUAUAUACCAAUCGAAAGAGAUAUGUGCGGACCAGAGGUUGGUGAAGAGGAAGAAUUAUUAGAUUUGGGUUAUGCAACAAGGGAAAGUCUGGAAAUGACAAAACCAUCGGAUAAAGCUGGCGGUUAUAGGCCAUUAUAUCACUUGCAACGUUCUUUGGAGGAUGCAUUCUGUGGUUUAUUCUUUCAUAGCAUCCAAGAUAGUGCAAUGGAUACGGGACUAUAA